AUGUUCCAGACGGAGGAUGUGUGGGUGAGAUUCCAACUGGACGAGGACAGGCGCGUGGCGCGCAUUGCUUGGGCGCUCGACGAGCAACAGCGCAACGCGCUGCGGUACUCCAGCAUCAUCAUCCAGGACAACACCUUCAACACGAACGAAUACAAGUACCACUUGGCACUAAUCGUCGUCGUCGACAACGAGAACUACACCCAGAUCGCGAUGCAGGCCCUACUUGCGAACGAGCGGACUGAGGACUUCAAGUUUCUCUUCCGGGUUUUCGGGGGACUGUGCGAGGGGCUGCAGCCAGAGGCCCUACUUGCGAACGAGCGGACUGAGGACUUCAAGUUUAUUUUCCGGGUUUUCAGGGAACUGUGCGAGGGGGUGCAGCCAGAGGCAGCAAUGACGGCAAUCGAUGAAGAGUGCCCGGCAUCGCACCAGAAGCUGUGCCUGUUCCACAUGGAUGAGAACCUCAUGAAGCACGGCAGAGGCCUUGAGCAGGGCGUCCUGGCGGGGGUGGAGGGGAUGAUCCACGCAGCAGCGUACGCUCAAACGGAGGAGAUGUUCCUGAAGCACAAAGCGAAUCUAUUGAAGCAGCUUAAGCUGGACAGUCACAUGUACAAGUACAUGGCUGACUUUGUUUUCGAACCAAGGCAAGCAGUGUCUGGCACAGCAGCACUCCAGACAGUGAUGCCCAAGCGAGUGGAAUCGAUCAACGGCGCCUUGAAGACGGCGAUGCACAGGUCGGGGAGUAUGGUUGACGUGCAUGACACCAUCGUCGGCAAGGUUCAGGNACCGUGGCUUCCGGCCUGCCGCACGCAACAGGCGGCCUCGCCCUUGGAGACUGUGACGAACAGCUGGCUUGAAGGUUUCGACUACGUCCGGCGGGCUAUGCGCCACGUGGAAUGCAGCGCCUACGCUAUGAAGGACAUGUCCACCGAGGCCUUGGCGGCAAUGGCCUACGACGUCGAGAUUCUGACGACGGGCAAUGAAGAUGUCCAUCGCGAGAUUGCCAGGAUAGUGUCGGACCCUGCUAUCGCGGGGCUGUCGUACGACCCCACCUCCGGUGGAGGCGACGGCACGUGGACCACGAGGACAUCCGUCAAGUUCUUCGCGGAGUUGCUCGAGGACCAGGUUCUGGACAAACUCGUGCGCAUCACCAGGAGCUUCUCGGAUGGGGGACCCAACUACGGCCAUCUCGUCGCCCUUGGACCCGAUGGCUUCGUCCUCUGCACGUGUCUGAGGCUCCUUGUCUACGGUCUUGGCUGUCGGCAUGGUCUCCGGGCCGUGCGCGAUACGGAUUUCGGCUUCAACGGAGGGUGUAUUGCGUCCCGCUGGCGUGACAGCACUCAGCCGUGGACGAUGGAACACCUCGCCGCUAAACGUGCGGCACCAGCAAAUACAGCUGCGGGCGUUCCCGGAGAUAUGCCGCCCGCUCCUACGGAUCCCGGCGUUUUCUCCCACUCGAAGCCCACGGCGAGAGUAAGCAAUUGGGCCAGCUGCGUCGCCUUCGGGAAGGAGCUCGCAUCUCUCAUGACAGACGUGGACGCCGUCGCCCCCUGCCAACGCGUCCUCAACAACCUCACCAACUACGCCAAGCAGCUCAUCGAGGUGGAGGCGAGGUCGCAGCAUGAGGCCACCACGAACCGGAUUUUCACGGGAGUCGUGGCCCGGCCUGUGACCGCCACCGACCCGCCAGAGGGAGGGCCGGUGGGGGCCGGGCCGGGAGGGGGCCGCGGACGAGGGAACGGGCGAGGGCGAGGCCGGGGUGGGGCAGGCGAACGUGGUGGGAGAGGGUCAAGAGCAAGACGUGGAAAGGGAGGGGAGGGUCUUGGUGUUUCCGCGGCGAGCACGCCGAGCCUUGCCGUGGGUGGCCCGGCGUUGCCACAGGCGGACGGCCCCGGCAACACGGGCGGGGGCGAGGAGGGGGGAGGGUCGGGUCUAGGUGUUGCCGCGGCCGGCACGCCGAGCCUUGCCGUGGGCCGCCUGGCGUUGCCACAGGCGGACGGCCCCGGUAGCACGGGCGGGGGCGCGGAGGGGGGAGGGUCGGCGUUUCCGCGGCCGGCACGCCGAGCCUUGCCGAGAAUCUUCCGUCUCGCAGGGCUGGUGUCGCCGGCGCCGCUAUGGAUUCUUUCCCGACACCCUCGAACGCGACACGCCCGGUCGGGGGGCUCGGGCGCACCGCUUCGGUCCUUGAGCAAUUCUCUUCAUGACGGGGUGGGGUAGACUUCGCCCGGUGUCACGUCCUCGGCGUCGUUGGCUUUCGACGCGGUAAACUCCUGCGCGCCGGAGGGUUUCCAGCAAUCAAGACUAUACGGAGAAAGACUAAGUGCCCACGACAACCACGGGCAGCCCCUGCCUUCGACGCCCCAAAAUGUUGCUUUCUUGGACGAGGUGCGCUCUCCCCCGAAAAGGAAGCAAACAGGACCGACAAAAAGGCGCAAGUCGACGGCCCAGAGAUACAACCGUGGUGGAGGACAGCAUGUCAUUCAGGGCGGUGCCGAAGCGGCUUGGGGGAUUUAGGAGUAGCGUCGGCUUUUGUCUUUUCGACUGCGUUGAGUGUGCUUUUUGUCAUGGCGUAGGAAGGGAUGAUGCAUGUCCCGGAAGUGUUUUCGUUCGGUAUUUUUGAUUUGCUUGGGGUCCACUGCUAUGAUUUCUCGGGGCGGAGGGGCUUUUCUUGGCAACCCACAACCUGUGCGCCAACCAGCUGUUUAGAAGUCAAGGAUCUAGAGAGAGAGCUAGCGUGGAUAUGGCGGGGCAAGGCGUACAAGACGCGCGCACGCAAACCGCACUUGCUUGAGACUUGGUGAGCGUGCCAUGGUUGUGUUCAGGCGUGGUCGUGGAAGACAAAGCGUAAUUUUGAUGGAGUUGAAGGUGGGCAAACUUUGUGGUUUGUGAUCCCCCGCUGUAACCCCAAUGUGAUGGGGUU